AUGAAACGAGUCGGGUCGCUCGGUCAGACUCCUACCCGUCUACCCGAUAGACAAGAAAUGCAAGUCUCAACUUACAACGAGGGUGCUCAACAAACUUGUCAAUUCUUUCGGAAGACGCCAGGGGAAGGGCAUGAGUUUUUAAUGGAAGACCUAAAAGAUCACCUCCUACCAAAACCUACACCACAAUCAAACCUUGGAGAUGCAUCUUCAAGACCAUUUGCAUCAUUACGCCAGCCAUUUCAAGGUGUAGAUGUUCUAGGCCUAAAAAAGAGAGGCCAAAGUGUUCGAUCAUGGAUUCGUGUGGAUGCUUCAUCUGGAGAUUCACAAGUAAUUGAAGUUAAUAAGUUCACUAUAAUGAGACGUUGUGAUCUUCCUGCUCGUGAUCUUCGUUUACUUGAUCCAUUAUUUGUUUACCCUUCAACAAUUCUUGGUAGAGAGAAGGCCAUAGUUGUAAACUUGGAGCAGAUUCGUUGCAUAAUAACAGCUGAUGAAGUUUUGCUUCUGAAUUCUCUUGAUAGUUAUGUAUUACAGUAUGUGGUUGAACUACAACGAAGAUUAAAAGAGUUUUGGAAUUCUGAUGAGUUAAAAAGAUUGAGAGAAUGUAAUGCAUUUAGUGAUUUAUCUGGGAACAAUUCAUCAUCUGAUUAUUUACCCUUUGAGUUUAAAGCUCUAGAAAUUGCCCUUGAAGCUGCUUGCACAUUUCUAGAAACACAGGCUGCAGAAUUAGAAACUGAAGCAUAUCCAUUGUUAGAUGAACUCACAUCAACAAUCAGCACAUUAAACUUGGAACGUGUUAGAAGAUUAAAAAGCAGACUUGUUGCAUUAACUCGAAGAGUCCAAAAAGUAAGAGAUGAAAUAGAGCAAUUAAUGGAUGAUGAUGGAGAUAUGGCUGAAAUGUAUCUUACAGAAAAGAAAAAAAGAAUGGAGUCAAUUUAUUAUGGUGAACAAUCUAUGAUUGGUGAAGGUGUCCAAUCUUUUUCAGCUCCUGUUUCUCCAGUUUCUUCACCUCCAGAUUAUCGAAAGCUUGAAAAAUCAUUUAGUUUUGCAAAAAGUAGACAUGAAAGCAUGAGAAGCUCAGAAAACGGGAAACAACAUAUUGAAGAAAUGGAGAUGUUGUUGGAGGCUUAUUUUGUUGUCAUUGAUAGCACUCUUAAUAAGCUCACAUCGCUGAAGGAAUACAUUGAUGAUACUGAGGACUUUAUUAACAUUCAACUGGAUAAUGUGAGGAAUCAGCUUAUACAGUUUGAGUUGUUAUUGACAACUGCGACAUUUGUGGUUGCAAUUUUUGGAGUAGUGGCGGGAAUAUUUGGGAUGAAUUUUCCGAUAGGAUUGUUUAACAGUUCAUCGGCUUUUAAUUGGGCAUUUCAUCAAACACCUGGUAUUCAAUACCAAAAACUGGAUUACAACCAUUUUUCUACACUCCACCCAUCCCACCUUUAUCAAACAAUAAACUUCACCCAGAUAACAGAGUGUGUCAAUGAAACUACAAAGUCAGAUGUGAUUCAAUUAGUCAAAUUAUUGCGUAGUAAUUUUAACCCUGGAGAGGCAGAGUCGUCGGAUUUUCUUGACAGAUCUGGCAUCAAGCCGAAUGACGUCUUGAUCAAUUCAGUGAUUUGGGAAUUAAGGGAUGGAUGGAAGUUAGCUUUUUUCGUAUUUAAAUGGGGUCAGAAAUGGAGAUGUGAUAAUGAAAAAGCUUGGAGCUUGAUGAUAUGGGUGUUAGGGAACCAUAAAAAGUUCAACAAUGCUUGGUGUCUGAUUCGGGACUUGUAUCAAUCUUCCAUGAACACUCAACGCCCAAUGCUCAUCAUGAUUGACAGAUAUGCAGCUGCAAACGAACCAGCUGAAGCUAUUCGUACAUUCCAAAUAAUGGAAAAGUUCAAACUAAGCCCUGAUCAGAAUUCAUUCUACUCACUUCUACACACACUCUAUAAACAUGGCUACAUUGAAGAGGCUGAAGAGUUCAUGUUUCUAAACGCAAAACUCUUCCCACUUGAAACCCAGGGAUUCAACAUCAUUCUUGAAGGCUGGUGUACUACAUUCAUGGACAUACUUGAAGCCAAGAGAGUUUGGAAAGAAAUGGACAAAUGUCAAAUAAUCCCAGAUGAACAUUCCUACACCCACAUGAUUUCUUGCUUCUCCAAAGUCAAUAACUUAUUCGAUUCACUAAGAUUAUACGAUGAAAUGAAGAAAAAAGGGUGGACACCGAAUCGAAAGGUUUAUAAUUCAUUAGUUUAUGUUCUUUCACACGAGAAUUGCAUUGAUGAAGCUCUUAGAAUAUUGGAGAAGAUGAAGGAAACGGGGUUAAAACCCGAUUCUACCCCUUAUAAUUUUAUAAUACGUACGUUAUGUGAAUUGGGAAAACUAGAAGAUGCAAGAGGGAUAUUGUCAAGAAUGUUGGAAGAAAAUGUAAGCCCUAAUAUUGACACAUAUCAUGCUUUUCUUGAGGGCGUAGGCGUAAAUUUUGAAGAAAGUUUGGAGCUUGUUGAACGAAUGGUGAGAUCGGGAAACGGGCCGACCCGUGAUACUUUUGUUAUACUUCUUGGAAAGUUUUUGGGUGUGGAUGAGGUUGAAAAUGCAUUGAAAAUUUGGGUGAAAAUGAAAGAUUAUGAAGUUUUCCCGGAUUCUAAACAUUUUGUGAUAAUGGUGGAAGGGUUAGUGAAGCAUGGAUUAAAAGUGAAGGCUAGGGAACUACAUAAUGAAAUGAUAUCUAUUGGAAUUGUAGAGGAUCCGAAACUCACGAAGCUAUUGAAGGACUCAUUAGAAGAUGAAUGUAGAAAAAGUAGGAAAUCAAGACAUGAGGUGAGACGUGUGCGUAUGCAUCAUGGAAAGAAAUGGUUUAGUGUUAAAAAAAUCAAGAACAUAAAGUGAUCUUUCUAUUCUAUCUUCAAUUGUAGGGUGAUGUAUUAUGUGGACUUGAUAUGUGGGGUUUUAAUGUUCAAACUGGAUAAACCAUACUUUGCUAUGGAAACUUUGUGGGACGUUAAAGGUUGUGUAAAAGUUCAUGUGGAACAUGAAAUUGAAGAAAGAAUUUAAACAAGUUGUUAACUCAUUUAAUAAGUG